UGAUACGUGAAGAAUGUCCAUCAGCAAUUCUGACUUUUUGUACGGACAUUACAACAAACGGACACUUACAGUAUGAUUUUUUUGUCGAGACUUUCUUAUUUGUAUCCAAAAGGCAAAGAUAUUUCGAAAGGUGGAAAAAGUUGGCAAGUGUUAGUCAAUAGAGAAAUGGCGAUUACCGCAUCAGAGAGUUUCGACGGCGGGGCAGGUUUUCUCACAAAGGUAGAGUUAAAUCUUUGUCAUGGUUACAAAGACAGAACAGAGAGUGAUGGCGUUAUGUCGUGGAUGCAGAUUACGAAUCCUGUGGUGAAGGAAGGUUUGGCGAGCAAGGGAAAAGAGAGCGGUGUACCAGUUAAGGAAAACAAACGGGACCACAACAAGGGUAAAGCGACUGAUGUGGACAGUGCACAAGUAGGAGGAAGCGGUGAGGAUAUCGAAGGAAGCAUGUGUUGUGGUCGCCAGGUGGGCGAGAGCAGUGGAGGCAGACACAUUGGAGGUCGUGACAUUCAGUACAGGGAGCGGCAUGUGGAACAACAAGGUCGACAAGCAUCAUCGACAAAGUGCGAGGACCGGCAGCUGGAGCAAAACGAACCAAAUAUGGAAGAGGACGAAUCAGAGGACGGGAACAACAGAGACAGCGAUGAUUUUGGUGAACGUGAAUCGAAUGAAGAUGAGGAUGAUGAUAAUGAAGAGAUUUGUGAGGACGGUGACGAGAAUGACGCACAUUGCAAGAACGAGAAAGCAAUAGUUAUGCGAGGACACGAAAAACGGGAUGCGUCAGAGAAAAGCAAGGUCAACAACCGCAUUAGUGACAACAUUCACACGUUAUACGCGCACUCCAAAAUAGUGAAGCAAUUGAUGCGUUGCGUAGCGAAGACCUUUUGUUUAUCUCGAGCCAAGGAUGCAGAGAUGUGUCCGUCAGUCGACAUGCAUGUGGAUGCCUUCAUGGGUCUCACCGAAUCUUUGGACCUGGAUACACGAUUCAUCGUAGAUCGGUCGAUGAAGAGCACAACACCGACAACACUUCGCACACAGGGAUCAAAAGAGUUGACGAACAUCAGAGGAGAGAUCGCUUACGACAUCGUCAGGGCUUUUUGGAGCGCCACGUGGUUGCCUUAUCCAUGCGAAACUGUAAGAGAUCGUUUUGAAAAAGAGAAAGAGGAGAUGAAGACGAAAAUGGUCCAAGAUUCAUCAUGGAGAGUGAGAGGCGAAGAGCCAUGGGGCGCAACAGAGUUUAAGAAUGCCGUGCGAGACGUUUUAUACAGAGAUUGGAAUGAAAUAGGUCGAAAUGGUUGCACUCUUCAACAACUCGAAUUCGCUCAUAUGGUGUUAGAUUGUCACAUUAGCAACAAAAGUCGGCCUGCACGCACGGCAGCAGCAAGCAAGGAAAUGCGAAGGAUAGAAGAAGCCAUCGUGACAACUUGCAAGACCGGUAUCGGAAAAGUGAUUAUAAAUUUAAUCUCUCUCGAUCGAAAUAAAACCGUUGUGCAGAGUUCUAGGAAUAUUUGGGAACGACAAUUUGCUGGCAGAAAGAAUGCAAAAGAUGAGGUCGUUCAAAUGAAGAAUGAUCAUAGAUUUUUGGAAUUUUUGAAGAUAUUGACGAGGUGAUUGCUGAGGAGAGGCCUUCGAAGACAUGUGUUAUAUGUCUGUUAUGUAUUGCUAUGCCAAUUGGGGUGAAUGAACAACAAAGACAACU